AGCAAUUGAAUGUUAUGAUAAAGCAAUUUCAAUUAACCCUGAGCUUCAGGCAGUGUGGAGUAAUAAGGGUAUUUAAUUAUAUUUUAUUAAAAUUUAGGUUUAGCAUUAGAAAAUUUAAAGAAAUACGAAGAUGCAAUUUAGUGCUAUGAUAAAGCCAUUUAAAUUAAUCCAAACUGCGAAGAACAUUGGAACAAUAAGGGUAAUGUUUGUUAAAACUAACUAUGAGGUUAUGCAUUAUAUAAUUUGAA